AGAAAGGCCGUGGUCAUCGACUGCGAGAUGAUGAUGACGGACGACCCCUACGAACGGGGUCGAAGCUACAACGCGCUGGCUUACCUCGCAGCGGUGGACUUCCUGACCGGGGAGGUGCUCAUCGACCGCUACGUGCGGCCCGCGGGGCGGGUGACGUACUGGAACACCCGCGUCACGGGCAUCACGCCGAGGAAGAUGAACGCGGCCAUCAAGCACGGGCAGGCGUUCGAGUCGUGGGGGGCGGCCCGCCACUCGCUGUGGGAGUUCGUCGACCUCGACACGGUGCUGAUCGGGCAUGCGCUGCACAACGAUCUCAACGCCUUGGGGAUCAUCCAUCCGCGCGUGGUCGACACGGCGAUUGUCACGGCCGAAGCCGUGUUCUCGACGCAGUGGGGAGAGAUGAGGCGGUUCCCGCGGCUGUGGGGGCUGAAGACCCUGGCGAUGGACAUGCUGGGACGACAUAUCCAGGGCGGUAGUCAGGGGCACAGUGCCGUCGAGGAUGCGUUGGCGACCAGAGAUGUUUUAGUCUGGGGGCUGGAGAACCCAGUUCUCUUGGGGGAGUGGGCG